AUGGGAUUUUUAAAAAUUGGAACCCCAUUAAGUUGGGAAGAAGUUCAACAUGUAAAGUCUUUAAUAAGGUUAUAUGGAAUAUUACAAUUUGUUCAUACGUACAAAUGCAAUAAGGACAGGGUAGAUGAGAACAUAAUGUUUGGAGAUGAAAUAGAAUAUAUUAUUAUUCGAAAUGAUGAAAAUUUAAAGGAAUCAUCAGCUCUUCUAUGCGCAACCGAUUUGAUAGAUGAAAUGAUGAAUUUAGAAAGUGUUACUGAUUGUCAAUAUGGAUCCCAUUGGACUCCUGAAUAUUCCUCUUUUACUAUUGAGGGAACACCGUCUGUUCCGUUUAAAUUUGACAUAAAUUCAUCGCCCUUUGUUGAAGAUUGUAUGCGUAUAAGGAGAAUCAAAUUGAAUAAUGUUCUAAGUACUAUUACAGGUGUCCGAGCCAUUACUUUGCCGUGUUUCCCAAACGCACUUUUAAAGAAUAGUCUUUUAAUGGCCAAAAGGGUUACACAAGAAGCGAGCAAGAAGAAGAGUGAUAAGGAAAAAGGUUUUGCAUCUUUAUCUGCAUCCUUAUCUGUAUCUGGUUACGAUUAUGGGGAAGUAAAGAGGGGAGAAUCCACCUUGAAUCUAGCAGUGGCAAUGGAAAAAAAUAUAAAUAUAAAAAAAUCAGAAAAGGGAGAAAAUGAGUUUUCCAAGGGGAUUAUUUUGCUUAGGAAAUAUAAAACAUCACUAAACGAUAGCACUCAAGCAGAUACGGAAGAAAAUAAGUCCAGUAAUUUUAUGAGCACUGAUGUAACUCCACAGAAAAAUGACGAAUUAUUAUUGCAAGAUAUUUGUGAGGACGAGCUGAAGGAGCAGAGAAAUGAAAGGGAAGAAAAGAAGCAAGGACAAAAAGUAAAUGUAGAGAAAGAAUCUAUUUUAUUGGACGAAACGAAUGUAGUGGAAGAAUCUAAUUUAGUGGACGAAACGAAUGUAGUGGAAGAAGGUAUGCCAAAUGAGCAAGACAUCUUUAUGAACACAGUAAAAGAAAAUUUGUUAUUUGAAUGUGACGUGUUCAAACCAGAGCACACCAGAAAUUACAGUAAUAGCUGUUUAGUAACUGAUAUGGUUAUAAGUCCACAUGCCAGAUAUGUGACGUUAACAAAAAAUAUAAGGAAACGUAGAGGAACCAAAAUAAUUUCAUUUAAUGAAAUUUACAAAGAUGUGCACACAGAAGAGAUGCCCCGAUGGAAAUUAUCAUUAGACAAAACGGAUAAGAGACUUUUUAAGAAAAUAAAAAAAAAAUAUAUUCUUGAAGAUCACUUGAUCUGGAAUAAGUCUAUGACAAAUAGGAGGAAGCCAAAGCACGCUAGUGAAAAUACAUCUUCGUGUUUAGGCGAAAAUGGAAUAAAAUUAUCAGAAUCAUCAUUGUUAGAAGAUUCUAAGGAAGAUGUCUCUACAAAAGACACACAAAGGUGUCUACUAGACACAGUAAUAAAAAAUAGUCUCUUCAGCAAUAUGGACGAUGAAAAAGAUUACAUUUAUGUAUAUGAUAGGGAUUUUAUUCAAGAAUAUUCAGAAAAGUGUAAAGAUCCAAUUAAAAAUUAUGUAUAUUUAGAUGCAAUGUUUUUCGGGAUGAGUAUGUGUUGUCAACAAGUAACUAUGUCCUUUCCAACGAUAGAUGAUGCAAAAUAUUUAUAUGAUCAAUUAGCUAUUAUCGCUCCUUUAUUUUUGGCUCUAACAGCAUGUACUCCAUAUUUAGGAGGUUUUCUCACGCAAACAGAUACGAGGUGGAGAGUCAUCUCUAAUAGUGUUGAUUGUAGAACAGAAGAAGAAUUAGCAUAUAUCUGCAAGCCAAGAUACUCUGGAAUUUCUUUAUACAUAUCGAACGAAUUGCCUCUAAAACAAAAUUAUCAUUUUUAUAAUGACAUAGAUGUUGUAUUAGAUAAAAAUGUGUACGAUAAAUUGAUAAAAGAAAAUGUUGAUGACUUUUUAGCUAGGCAUAUUGCCUCCCUAUUUGUUAGAGAUCCAAUAGUGGUAUUUCAAGGUUCUUAUAACGAAAAUGAUAUACAGUCGAUUGAAAAAAGGAUAAGAGAAUUAACUUCAAGCUUGUCGAAGGAACCAGAUAGGGAAUAUGAACAUGAUGGAGGAUGUCCCACAACCGGAUCUCAUACAGAGCAGGAUAGGAGCGAUCAACAUGCGUCUUCAGUGGACAGCAACUCGAACACUGUCAACCGAGCUAAUAAGAUGAACUGCAUCUACUUAAGUGACAACUUCAAUUUUUUGGAAGAUUAUGAAGAAAAGGUUCUCUCAUCACAUCAGCAUUUCGAAAAUUUUCAAAGCACAAACUGGAAUAGUGUAAGAUUUAAACCUCCCCCCAUAUUAGACAAUCAUUGUAAUAGUCCAAGUUCCAUAGGAUGGAGAGUUGAGUUUCGAACCCCAGAUAUUCAGAUCACGGAUUUUGAGAAUGCAUGUGUUGUUACAUUAAUCAUGGUUUUAUCAAAGUUUAUUUUAAAAGAAAAAUUAAAUUUGUACAUACCUAUGACCAUGUUAGAGGAGAACCUAUUCCGUUCAGCAAAUAAAGAUGCAAUUUUGAAAGAGAAAUUUUUCUUUAGAAAAAAUUUGAAUUAUGAUACGACGAAUAAUGAAAUUGAGGAGAAAAGUAUAUAUGACAUAUUUUUUAAUGAGGAAAAUGGAAUUUUUUUUUUGUGCUCUAAAUAUAUAGAAGAACAAUUUAGUGAAGGAUUAUUAACACAGUCUGCUAAGAAUAAAAUAGAUGAAUAUAUCGAAUUUGUAAAAUUAAGGUGUAGUGGAAAAAUAUGUACAGGUGCAGCAUAUUUGAGAAAUUUUAUUUUAAACCAUCCAGCAUAUGAAAAGAACUCCUACAUUAAUAGCAAAAUUAAUUAUGAUAUUUGUAAAUUGAUAGCCGAUAUAGGGAAAGGAUUGAUAAUUCCACAAGAACUGCUAGGAGUUUUUGUGGAUCCCUAUAAGGAAAGAAUUAAAAGUGACUUACGGCAAAUUAAUGAAAGUCAAUACCUCAAGUCUCUCGCUUAUAAAUUUAUUUCUGGAGAAGAUUACACGCAAUACCUCCUUCUUAGCGAGGCUAUUAAGGACGACCAAGAUUACUAUACUGGUACGAGACGCACAAAUUAUGAAGAAUCUAUGGAUAAUAAUACCCUUGAUUUCGGAAAAAAGUUAUAUCAGCUGAGUGCAUAA